UUGUCGUCAAGUCCCAUGUAUGGAUUAACUCGACUACAAGAUUUCUCCUUCACCUCAAUUGUUACCUCCUCUAUCUUGCUUGCCUCUACUUCUCUCAUAACAAUGUCAACUGCUUCAAGAACAGUAACAAAGGCUCUCAUACUCCUCUUCACCUCCAUACUCAUCUUUGGCAUCUUCUGGUUCACAUCAAAUAGUACUCAUCAAUUAUCAGCUCUUCAUUUCAACUCUACUCUCUCAAAACUCGUUGCUUUCAUUGAAGGCAAACAGAUCCACCAUGCCAAGCCUCAGAACUCUGAUCGAGUUGUCUCUGUUUCUAAUGGUUUCGAGGAGAAGGACGUGGUGGAGGUGAGUGCGAAGAAUUUUAAUCAGUUCUUGAUGACUAAAAAUCGAUACUUGAUCGUGCAUUUCCAUGCUUGGUGGAGCCCUUUGAGCAGACGACAGAGGCCGGUAUAUGCUACGGCUGCCACAAAACUAAAAGGGGAGGUUGUUCUUGCCAGAGUUGAUGUUACAAGAGAAACCAAGUUUGCAGCAGAGUACAAGAUUGUUGGAUAUCCAUCGCUGUUUUUUUUCGUCAACGGAGUUCAUAUCGAUACACACUACUACAAAAAUAGCAGUGAUGCUAUUGUGGAUUGGGUGAAGGGGAAGAUGGGUUGCCGGAUUUACAACGUGAUGUCAAGAACGGAGGGUGAACGUAUAUUGACAGCGAAAUCUAUGGUUGUUCUGGCAUUCUUUGAUUCUUUUGAGGGUAAAGACGCAGAAGAGCUUGCUGCUGCUUCAGAACUGCAUACCGACGUCAACUUCUACCAAACUGCUAGUGCUGAUAUUGCAAGGAUGUUCAAAAUCCACCCACAACGCAAAUGUCCUGUGCUAAUUGUACUCAAAAAGGAGUCUGGAUUACAAUUACAUAACCAUUUCGAUGGCCAAUUCAUCAGUGGAGAAAUAGCUGAAUUUGUGUCUUUGAAUAAGCAUCCUCUGUCCACUUCCACCGCUAAAAAUGCUCCAGUGUUUUACACUAAUUCAGAGAAACAUCUGCUGCUGCUUCCCGCCGCCCAGAUGGUUGAUGCAGAGGAGGGUAGAGCUUCAUUUUGAAGAGGCUCCAGCAGUGGGCAAGAUCGGGAACAAACAAGAUAUCUGCAGACUUUAUCUACCUAGGAUGUAGGCAUUCCUUUAUGUUAUCUUGGAUAUUAUCAUAAACACUGAAUUCCUAUCCAUAUCUGUGAAUUUCUUUGCAUUUAUGCCUUAAACAAAAUGUCACUGAAAGAAUUCA